AUGCACUGUGAUGCUAGCUGGACAGUGGUAUUGGGAUUGGAAUUUGGUCUGUCUAACUCUUUGUCCGGAUAUCCAGGAACAAGAGCAGCAACAUCUCUCACCUUUGAACGCCUUCGGACCAAAUCAAGAAAUGGCUUACUAGAUCAUGAAUUCUCAAUUUCAGAUGAGGGCAUCAUGACGGAGACAACUUAUACUGUGAAUAACAGGCUGCCAAUCAAAGAGAUUGCCCUCGCUGUAUUUCUUCUUGUUUUUGGAAGCACUGGGAUAGUCUUGGGCAUUAUCAUGGCUUCCUACAAAGUUGGUGGUGAUCGAACCCAUGGGGUGUUCUUCACAAUCUUAUGGCCAAUCCUGUUCAUUCCCGGAUUCUACUAUACUCGCAUUGCUUAUUACGCAUACAAGGGGUAUAAAGAUUUCUCGUUCUCCAACGUAACACCUGUGUAG